GACGUAACAGGCAAAGCAGCUGUUGUUUUUCGAGUACCAAACCAAAUUUUAAGUCCAUAUUUGCUUUUCUUUUUCUUCAGUUGCACGUAUUUCCUUUAAACUACACAGAGACUGUUGUCAGCGUUGGACGAAAAACUUGACGGAGAUGGCUUUUCUGGACACGGAUGGGUUAAUGCAAGACAUAGACAGUGACUAUCAGCAAGAAGAUGAAGAACCACAAAGCAACCACGAAAGACUGGAAGACGCAGAAGAUAAUCUUGAAGCUCUGAGAAAUAGAAAAGCAAAUCCCGAGACUCAAGAAGAUGUUGAAGAAAGUCCGGACCCUCAAGAAGAACAUCAGGCCAAACCGAAAAAACUAUUUACAGCGGCACGGAAGAAGCUGGCAUCUCUGGAUAAACGAAUGACGAAGAUGGAAAAUUCCAUGAAAAAGCUUUCUAAACAAAUCAAAACUGUACAAAAAGAAAUGAACGCAACCUUGAAGGGAAGUGGUACUAUCCAGGAAAUCAGCAUGAAAACAGUGUUAACACAAAACAGUAUGGACUUCCACCUCCGUAAACCCUACAGCGUUAAGAUAGCGGUCGACAGGCGCGACAGCUUCACAAACUCUAGCACGCCAUCUAACCACGACAACAUCCCGUCUCCGUCUGAUUAUUCCAACAACCCAUCUCCAUCAAACCAUGCCACCGUAGGGUCACCAUCCAACACUGGCAACGUCAGCUCACCAUUCAAUAAUGGUGGCACUACACCAUUCAUUAAUGGUGUCAGUACACCAUUCAUUAAUGGUGUCAGUACACCAUACAAUAAUGAAAUCUUUAGUGCACCAUGCAACAUUGGCAACAUCAGUACACCAUACAACAAUGCCAUCAACACUACGCGGUGUACUUGUUUGGAGAAAUUGUUUCUUGCUAUAAUGAUGACCUCAUUCAUAAUCUGCGUUUACAGCUUAUAUUUGCUUCUAGAUAUGUAAUAUAUGUGCAUAUAUAUAUAUAUAUAUAUAUAUAUAUAUAUAUAUAUAUAUAUAUAUAUAUAUAUAUAUAUAUAUAUAUAUAUAUAUAUAUAUAUAUAUAUAUAUAUACUAGCCGUCCCGGCCAAACCCUGCUCUGGCUUCUGUGAAAAACCUUUCUGUUAAAGACCAUUACCUGUGUGCUUAGUAAUCAUCAUAAACCCGGCAUUGUCCACCCAAACCACAACCAACCAAACCAACAAAACGCAAACAUAACGCUAACACAAUUACAAAUACAAACGAAAACAAAAACCAUGAGUCAACUAGCUAGUACCAAAACAAAACAAGCUGCCCAACUUGUCUAGCACGCUAGCCAGAUAUUUACCUCGUUAUCUCGUUUGGUCUCCCGUCACCAUUGGCGAGGUCACCUGGACAUGGGUGUUCUCUUACCACGUGACUAGAAGAUGACAUGACAUACAGGUCCGCUAAUUAGACGAUUGUGUGUCAUCGCAUACAGGUCAACUUAUUCGACAAUUGUGUGUCAUAUGUCUUGUGUAAGCCAACGAGAAUGUAUGGGCAUGUCUUGACUAUGCGUUGAUGAAA